UGAACCCCGGAAGGGGAAGCGCUGGGUCGCGGAGGUGCCACUUUGGCCUCCGAGGCGGGGGCGGGUGGCGGCGCGUUGUCAGUCCCGUAAGGUUCCCGGAGCCCUCGCCCCACGGACGCGGCCCGCCUCAGGGUGCCCUUCCGUGAGGAGCCGCCUCGGCGCCCUCUGCUUUCCCUCCCCUCAGGGACAGUGGGGUGCUGGGCAAGGCCCUGCUGCCUCAGGGACCCGGAGAGAAAGCGGCGAAAUGGAUGACUUCCGCUCCAUCUGCCUGCUGUCUCUGGCCAUGCUGGUCGCCUGCUAUGUGGCAGGAAUUAUCCCCUUGGCAGUUAAUUUUUCCGAGGAGAGAUUAAAGUUGGUGACUGUUCUGGGCGCUGGGCUGCUGUGUGGAACUGCCUUGGCUGUCAUCGUGCCAGAAGGAGUACAUGCACUUUAUGAAGACAUUUUGGAGGGGAAGCACCACCCAGCGAGUGAGAUGCAGCGUGUGAUGGAGUCUGAGAAGGUCGCAGAAAUCCCGGCUGUACAUGAGUAUGGCCACGACCAUUCCAGGUUGCACGCCUACAUCGGUGUGUCCCUUGUCCUCGGCUUUGUCUUCAUGCUGCUGGUGGACCAGAUAGGCAGCUCUCACUUGCACUCUACAGAUGAUCCAGAAGCUGCAAGAUCAGGCAACUCGAAAAUCACCACGACGCUGGGACUAGUAGUCCACGCUGCAGCUGAUGGUGUUGCAUUGGGUGCAGCAGCUUCUACUUCUCAGACUAGCGUCCAGUUGAUAGUAUUUGUUGCAAUUAUGUUGCACAAGGCACCAGCUGCCUUUGGCCUGGUUUCCUUCCUGAUGCACGCUGGGCUGGAGCGGAAUAGAAUUAGAAAACACUUGCUGGUCUUUGCGUUGGCAGCACCUGUUAUGUCCAUGGUGACAUACUUAGGGCUAAGCAAGAGCAGCAAAGAAGCCCUUUCAGAAGUCAAUGCCACCGGAGUUGCUAUGCUGUUUUCUGCUGGGACUUUUCUUUACGUUGCCACAGUCCACGUCCUCCCAGAAGUAGGAGGAAUUGCUCAUAGCCACAAACCUGAACCAAGCGGAGGAAAAGGACUCAGUCGUCUGGAGGUGGCAGCCCUAGUAUUAGGAUGCCUUAUUCCUCUAGUUUUGUCCAUUGGACACCAUCACUAAACGUUCGAAUUUCACCGUUCUUCUUGAUCUGACGUGAGCAGUAAAUGUGGGCUGCUCCCUUUAUCAUUGUCUCUUACCCAUCAUCCAUCCCAUCCACUUUACGGAGUUCAGAGGGAACCUUGAUUGCAAAAUGAGGAAUACUGGGAAAGUUUUUAGUGUAGCAAAAUGGCAGCCGGACAUAAAUUCUAUGUAACUUUUUUUUCUGAAGACAUUUGCUAUUUUAAUUGUUACUUCUGGCCCUAUUCUCAGGGAAGAUGGAAUUUGGAGUAAAGAAAGGUGAGCGGGGAAGAACAUAACGACUCAUCACGAAUUUGCAAUCACCAAAGUAUCCUGCAAUUCAGCUUUCAGAGCUGAGAGCAAAAGCAAAGGAUGGCUGCCUUGUGAGAGGCUGAAGGUCUAACUAAUGAAGAAGAGGGCUCUCCCCACAUCGGUUCUAUGUUGUCCUGAUGGCGUGACUGGUCUUGUAAUGUUUGUCACUAAUUGUAUUGCAAAAAUGAGCUGCACUUGGAAUUCUGGACAACACUGCUAUUGUCACAGAAGUGUCAGUAUAAGAAAGAAAUGAUGUAGACAAUGUGUAGGAUUAGAGUAGGGAAUCAGCUGGUUGAGAAAGUGCAAAUGAAUUUUGUGGUGUAUUCCGUUAUUUAAGGCGAAGGAUAGAAGUAAGGAGAAUAUUGAUUGUUUAUGAAAUUGUUAAUAAAUUUUAAAAGGCAGUAUUUCUUGGGAGAUAGUCUUCUGCCAAGUAAAGUGUAGGCACCAGAAAUGUUAGCAGGAAUUAGGUAUUGGGUACUGUAAUUACACUACUGCUACUGUUGAGAGAGAGAACCAUAGUGUCUUUUGAAAUCGAGCUGUUUUGGGCUCUGAGGAGUAGAAACCUGGUGGAGACAGCUGUUGAGGGACCAGAGGACUUUACUAGCUCACUUUCAAAAGUCUGAACUGCUGAAAUCGGGGGGGGGGAAGGGAUGUCAUUAAAUAAAAAAUAUUAGGGCUAGCAGAACAACAUGUUUAGUUAAAUACUUAUGCUGCAGAUAGAGUACGAAGUAUUUCUAAAGCAGUUCUAAAAAAAAAAAACAAACCCAAAUUAUGGGUUCCCAGCAGACCAGUUAGGCAUUUUACUUUAGCUAUUGUGCAUUUGCCUCUUACUGAUAAGUGUUAGUUUUAGUGAAUCUACUGGAGGCCUUGUUGCCAACUGCUGAUACCUAAGAGGUUACUGUGGGAAGAGUGAGACUGCACAACAGUAGUAAAAGAUCCCUCCCUUUCCAAGGCACAGCCUUCUCUUGUCAGGCACCAUUUCUCUUAUGCAAAAUAUAUUAUUAUCUAAUAACUGUAGUGCAUUGGAAAGUCAGGAAUGCUUGACAUGCACAGACUCAACAUAAAAUUCUUUCUUUAGGGGAAAACUUUUCAGUGGUGUACCCUUUUUAAUCUAUACUCUGUCUGCACUUUUUUAAAGAUAACAUUGCCAAAUACAUUUUUCUUUUGAUUUUUUUUUUAAAUGUAUUUUCAAGGCUUGAAAUAUCUUCUUAACUGAAGUGCUUCUUGUUUCCAUUUGAAUGAGUGUGACUGUUUUUCAUAACACUUAUACUGCGCAGGCCCUUGUGCCUCUUAACAUCUUUACAUUUUUAUCAUUAUCCUCUUUGUCUACUAGUUCAGUAACAGGUAUGGCCUGAGUCUUGGACUAGUCAUUGCCUUGUCUGUUGGCUUUGUAACAAUACAGGUGUAUCCCAGGAUUGGACCUAGGACUGAUCCCCAGGAGCGCUUGUUCAUUUGUCUGUUUUACUAUAUAAAAUCAAUGCAAAAUCAUCUUUUCCCACAAGACAGUAUUUUCAGAUAGAAUGAGUGUGUCAGGCCUAAACAAGCAUUUUUGACGUCAGACCUUCAAAGCUUAAUUCUGUUCUGAAAAGCCACUGCAAAGUUAAUGACAUGGAUGAGAUCCUCUCCUGCACAUACUUAAACUUUUUUUUUUUUUUUUUUACAACAUACAUAUGCAACUAGUGAGUUGCCUGUUUAAAAAGUUCAGUGACACAGGUUACUGACACAUGUGAAUGACACACAGGGAUGUUUAAAUCAGAGCUCUGAGUGUUUUUCCUGAUUGCCCCCUAAUUACCUCCUUCCUUGAUAAUCUCACUAUUUUACUUUGCUUAAUCUUUUCACUUAACUGUUUCCAAAAGCUGGAGUUUGCCAGAUCCUCAGCAGAAGCAGAAGGUAGCUUAGUGCAGCAUCAGAUGCUUUACAUUUUGUAAAACGGUAGGUGUUUUUUCUUUAAACUAUCACCUGUCACUUGCACCCCACCCCAGUAGUGAAGCUGUUCUAGGGAGGUACCUGCAUCAGGUCCUUGUUUCACGCAUUUUGUUCCAGUGUGGGAGGCUGUGGAUAGUACCUGAUGGGGUGAGUGUGUACUGGUGAGUGUGUACUGGUGAGGACGUGACAGGCAGCCUUUUCACUGCGGACAUCGUUUGGCUUUUCUCCUGGCCUUCACAUCAUGUUUCCAAUUUCUGGGGCAGCCACCAGUUUAAUGAUUCGUAAACUAUAAGAGGCCAAGUAAUAGCAGCAGGUGUGGGAUUUUAAAUGAAAACAUUGGAACUUAAAGCUGGCACAAAAAUUUUGAUAACGAGUAUUUUUAAUUUUGGCACUCGGUUAAGUGAUAGAAGACUCGUGAUUUUUCUUUUCAUUUUUUCCCUUCCCUACCCAUUUAGAAGUAGCAACAGCAUUUUCUUUUGGCUGCCUGUGUUACCUCUGUGUUGAACUAUUAUUUUCAAUUCUGUAGCUGAAACUGCAGUGACCAAGGAAGCUUUCAAUUAUGUGAUAAGAAGAAUAUACAAUUUUAAGUGAUCAAACCUUUCCAAAUUGUUAGUUCCACAUGGAGGAUUAUUUUCUUGAGGCAGACUAUUUUAAUGAGUUAAAUAAAAUGGUCCAUUUUAUCAUAUCCCCUUUUUUUACCUAUCUCCCCAUCUGUCACAGUAAAUCCAAGCACCACAUGUAGUCAGGGCCAUCUGGUAUCAUUUUCUACUCCUCAGGGGACCUUGGUGCAAAACAAAUUCCUCUUGCUUUUUCUGUAAUAGCCAUUUCUGCCUGUGGUUUCUCUUGUGAGGUAGGUGGCAGCAGGUCUAGCAGGUAACACUUUAACCAAGUGCCAGGCAGAUCCCCCUUUCCUUCUCUAAGUCCCUCUAGGAAAUGUAUCAUCUCGUAGCUGUUUUUUCAGUUAAUGAUUUCUUAACUGGCGAUAGGAAUUGGACUAAAGCUAUUUCUGUUGAUCCGGGUGUGUUCAGUACUUUCCCUACUGUUCUGAUUCUUUUAUUAUUCCUUAUAUAAAGAAGGGAAAUACUCCUUUUUCAGCACCUGAUGACAGAUGCAGAAGCUGCACUGACACUAACCUAAGUGAGGAUGGCAGAGCUGUCACACCAGGAUAGGCAUUUUUGAUAGCUGUGGGAUGUCAGAUGGCUGGGUGUUAAACACAGAAACCCACCAAUGACUUUAAAGAACCAUUUCCAGGCAGGUUGUGUAAAAGACUGAUGUUAUCCAAGAGGCCUAGGAAAACUACUGUGUUUAUUCAGGAGCUAGUUCAGAGCCUUCAAGGAGUUUUUGACAGUAGCAGAUGUGUCCGUGUGGUAUCAGGUCUAUGCAGAAUGAGGGAGAGAUGCUGUGGAAUAAAUACUCCUGCUGCCUUCCUGUUCUGGGCUGGGACUCGGGAAGAAGAGGAGGGAAGUGUAUUUUUAUUCUUUCGGGGGUGGAGUGGUUGCAGUACGGAGGAAAAGUUUAUGAUGAAUUUCAGAUUCCUGUUCACCUUGAACUUCUUUUAAAAAUAAAUUUAUUUUUUCUUUUCUUACUGCCCUUUUAUUACAUCUCUCAGCAGCCUUGGCUUUCCAGGGAAAAACACUGCGUGGUCAUUGCUGUUUACCUGACUCCAUGUAUGGAACUGUAAUUUUGUCUCUUUCCAAACCAUUUGUACACAAAAUCAUUCCAUGAAUGGCUGCCUUAUGAUUUUUUUUCCACUUUAAUUGUGAAUGGUUAAAAUAAUGUUGCCGUUUUCAAUUUGUUUUAUUAUAUUAAAUUUUUACUAGGUGCAGUGC